CUAAUUAUAGAAACUGGUAAUAAUCAAUGGACUAAAUAUUGCACGUACUUCAACAGCCAUGCCUCUAAAAAGAAGCCUCAUCAACCAUUACAAUCUAACCCCCGCUGGGCAUGCAGAUUGUAUAUAAAUACAGAUUAAUCAAUUCUUGAGAAAGAAAACACAGAUUCAAGAAAAUGAGUUUAGCUGUCGUCAACGAGACAACCGUGACAACAUUCGUCGAAGACAUGAAGGCAUUCGAGAACUGUGUCAAGGAAUGUUUCGAGAUGCUUGAUGUAGAUGGGGACGGGGUGCUUUCACGAUCUGAGCUUCGCGAGGGAUUUUGUAAACUUAUGUCAUUAGGGCAUGAAUCCAGCAAGAAAGAGAAGAUUGACCAUCUUUUCGAUACCAUUUUCGAUAGGUUUGACGAGGAUCAAAAUGGGAGUAUCGAUCCUCAUGAGUUCAAGUGCUUGAUUAGGGAGCUCAUGUCUGCAAUGGGACGUGGGUUUGGUAAUUCUCCAGUUCUGGUGGCUCUUGAAAUAGAUAGCUUGCUUAUGAAGGCUGUGGAGCAUGAAGUUGGCCAGAUAUGAUCAAAAGAAGAAGGGUUCUUCAAGUUUGGCACAUGGAAUUGCUUCCACGCCAUUGAUUACGUGUAAUAUCUAACAGCAUGAAACGCUG